AUGGCGAACGAAUCGUCCCACGUGCUUCCUACAUGGGUAGUCAGAAAGGGAUAUAAAGAGCUCGAUGGCCUCGAGCACGAGGCCAGAAGAAGGUGCAUCUCACGCUUUACACUCUACAGCAUGGCCUUGACUGCAGCAAGUCUCUUCGCUUUGGGCGUCAUCUCAAGCUCCUCGGGUCACUUCAUUCCUGUCCCGGCUCCAAACAACCAUACAUGCGACAAUGUCCAGACUGGAUACCAGUGCCAGCCGCAAAUCAGCCACUACUGGGGUCAAUACUCUCCAUACUUCUCCGUCCCAUCCGAGAUUCCUGCAAAUGUCCCUCUCACAUGCUCGGUCACAUUCGCACAGAUUCUGUCGAGGCACGGAGCUAGGGAUCCUACAGCUUCCAAGACUGCGAAAUACAACGCAACUAUUGCCAAGAUCAAGAAGAAUGUUGCCAACUUCACUGGCAAAUAUGCCUUCCUCGAUGACUACGAGUACACACUCGGAGCGGAUCAAUUGACAGACUUUGGAAGACAGCAGAUGGAGAACUCUGGCAUAAAGUACUAUCAGCGUUAUGCAGGCCUUGCCCGCAAGGCAAUUCCGUUUGUUCGCUCGUCUGGUGAAGCUCGUGUGGUAGAGUCUGCAGAGAAGUGGGUAGAUGGAUUCACCGAGGCCAAGACCAAUGACUGGUGGGCCAACAAACAGUAUCCCUCUGUCAAUGUGGUCAUCAGCGAGGAUGCUGGCAGUAACAACACGCUGAACCAUGAUCUCUGCACCAGUUUCGAGGACGGACCUGAUUCGAAUAUCGCCGAUGCUGCUCAGAAGACCUGGGUGUCUGUGUUCGUUCCCAACAUUCAGAAGAGGAUAAACGCCGAUUUUCCUGGAGCAAAUCUCACGUCGGCUGAGAUUGUCUACUUGAUGGACUUGUGCCCUUUCAACACCGUUGCUUCGGCUACAGGUGCAGUCUCACCUUUCUGCUCGCUGUUCACAGAGACUGAAUGGCAAGACUAUGGAUACUACGAGUCUUUGAACAAGUUCUACGGUUACGGGGCUGGAAACCCUCUUGGACCAACUCAAGGCGUUGGUUUCACCAACGAACUCAUUGCCCGUCUUACCAGGAAACCAGUCGUGGACAACACCUCGACAAACCACACUUUGGACAGCAACCCUGCGACUUUCCCUCUUGAUCGCGCAUUGUACGCAGACUUCAGUCACGAUAACGACAUGACUGCCAUCUUCUUCGCCAUGGGACUUUACAACAGCACUUCUGCCCUCUCAAACACAACACUCGAGACAGCACAACAGACUAAUGGAUACUCAGCAGCGUACACUGUUCCAUUCGCAGCCAGGGCUUAUGUCGAAAAGCUGCAAUGUCUUGGCCAUAGAGAGGAGCUGGUCAGAGUUAUUGUCAACGAUCGCGUGAUUCCUCUGCGUAGCUGUGGUGCCGAUUGGUUGGGAAGAUGCACUCUCAGUGACUUUGUCGGUAGUUUGUCUUUUGCACGCAGUGGGGGUGAUUGGGCCACAUGCUCCGCUUAG